CAGCCAACUUUUCCAGUCUCUGCUCAAGGACCGGGUAUCCUAGGUGGGUGGGAAGCUCUUUCUUUUGGGUUUCUUCCAGAAUCUGAUCCCUCUCUCUCUCUCUCUUAAAGUUCAGUUUUUUUCUACUAAAGCUGGAACUUUUUUUCUGGGUUUUCUCUGAAACUUGUGUAUCUUUAGGCUCCAACCCAUUUUUGAUUGCUUAGUUUCCUGACUUACCCUUUUCGCCCCAUGUCUCCCUGAUCCCACUUUCCACUGCCAUUUUCAUCUGAAGCUCUCAAAGUGGAAGCAUUUUAGUGGGUGACUCAAAGAUUUCUCUUUUGAAAAUGAAGCCUUCAGUUCGGCUUGACUCUGUUGUCUUUCAGCUCACACCUACUCGGACUAGGUAUGAUUUGGUUAUAUCUGCAAAUGGAAAGACAGAGAAGAUAGAUUCUGGUUUACUGAAUCCAUUUCUUGCCCACUUGAAAACUGCCCAAGACCAAAUGGCCAAGGGGGGUUAUUCAAUUAUUCUUGAGCCAGAGCCUGCAAGUGAUGCUUGGUGGUUCACCAAGGGUACAGUUGAAAGGUUUGUUCGCUUUGUCCGUACUCCAGAGGUCUUGGAACGGGUGUACACCCUGGAAUCUGAGAUAUUACAAAUUGAGGAGGCAAUUGCAAUUCAGGGAAACAGUGACACAACUCUUUAUGCUGUAGAAGAACAUCUGCCAAAACCUGUGGAAAGCUUCGAAGGUAACAGAACUUUGCCAGAUACCAAUGACGAGAAAGCAAUCAUUCUUUACAAGCCUGGAGUACAGCCACAAUCGAAUGGAUCUACCGCAAAAGAGGGGAAUUCAAAAGUUCAGCUUUUGAAAGUCCUGGAAACUCGCAAAACUGUGCUGCAGAAAGAGCAAGGCAUGGCUUUUGCACGUGCUGUAGCAGCUGGUUUUGACAUUGAUGACAUUUCCCCUAUGAUGUCUUUCUCCGAAAGCUUUGGAGCCUCACGUUUAAUCAAUGCUUGUAAACGAUUUAAGGAAUUAUGGAAGAAAAAGCAUGAAUCUGGCCAGUGGCUUGAAAUUGAAGCAGCUGAAGCAAUGGCUAGAGGGGCGGACUUCUCUGCCAUGAAUGCACCAGGUGUCAUGCUUCCUAAUUUGGCCAACAAACAGAGAGAAGCAUGGCCUGAAUCACAUGCUGAAUCUGCUGCAGAAAGCAAUGGGAAAUCAGAUGAAAAGACUCCCUCAGAAAACCAGAUUCAUCCACAAGGUCAGUUUCCACAUCAGAUGUUCCCUCCGUGGCCUAUUCAUUCUCCUCCUGGUGUUGUCUAUCAACCAUAUCCCAUGCAAGGCAUGCCUUACUAUCAGAACUACCCUGGGGCUAACCCAUAUUUUCAGCCACCUUAUCCAGCAGCCGAGGAUCCUCGAAUGCACCCUGGUCAGAGAAUGGGACAGAAAAGGCACUCCAUGGACAGUAGUUAUAGCAAUGCUGAAUCAGAAACAAGAUCAUCAGAUGAUGUUGACUUAGAAACUUCACAAAGUCGAGAAUCACGUAAGAGAGGUAGCCGGUCAGGUAAAAAGCAAUCAGGCACGGUUGUUAUUCGAAACCUUAAUUACAUCACUUCAAAGGGACAGAAUUAUUCAGAUUCCGAAUCACAAUCAGCUUCAGGCUCUCAAACAGAUGAGGAAGAUGGAGCCAGUGCUUCAGAGAUGAAGCAUAAGAACUCUCAUAGCUCCUCAAAAAAGAAAGAAAAUAAUAUAAAAUCUAAAGAUCAAAACAAUUCAACUGAUAAGGAAGAAUUAGCUUAUGGGAAGGUGGCAGAUGGAGGACACUGGCAAGCAUUUCAGAAUUUCUUACUCAGAGAUGCCGAUGAAGAAAAAUGUGAGGCUGAUCAAGGUAUGUUUUCUAUGGAAAACAAAGCUCAUUCAAAACGACGACAAAAUACUGGGGGUGAAGAUCCUAUAUUUUUUGGAGGGCAAGAUAAUGGUGUAGUUCAAAAUGGGGGUGUAAUGGACAUGCAAAAAAUGAGUGGAAACAUGACUCGCAUGUCGAGAAACUCUAUGGAUGAACAUAUGAAUUCUAAAAGAGAUGGCAUAAAUGGGGACAUAGAUGGUCAAGGGGAAGUACUGUAUUCAGAAAUUAAUGGAAGAAGGGUGAGCUAUAGGAGGUCUUCCAAUGAAGAUUUUAUGAUUAAUAGGCAAAAGCAAUCAGGGUUCACAAGUUCUGCCUCAGAUCCAUUAGCCGUAAAUGGAUUUGAAGGUGUGGAAAGAAAUAUGGACAUGAGGUCAUCACAAAAUAUGGAUGAUGAUUCAUACAUAGCCUUGAGAUCAACUUCACUAGAUCAAGUUGGAAAUGACAACCCUAUUCACAUGGAUUCUGAAUUCCCGUCAGCCACUCAGAAAGCAGAGAACCAAGUUCAUUAUGAACCAGAAGAAUUAAGUAUGAGGCCUCAACGUGGGGAUGAAAUUGGGGUAAUUGGCUAUGACCCUGCUUUGGAUUAUGAAACGCAGGCUGGUACCAAAGAUGGUGCUUCGCAAGAUAAGAGAAGUAAGGAGGUGGCAGCUAAUGCUAAUCAGACAUCUAAGAAGUCAGAUAAGGGCCUGAAAUCAAAACUGCUUCAAGAUGAUAAGAAGAAGAAUGUUGGGCCAAUAAGAAGAGGAAAGCCUUCAAAGUUGAGUCCUUUGGAAGAAGCACGGGCACGUGCUGAGAAGUUGAGAACCUUUAAAGCUGAUCUCCAAAAAGAGAAGAAAGAGAGGGAAGAGGCAGAGAUGAAACGAAUAGAAGCUUUGAAAAUGGAAAGGCAAAAGAGAAUUGCUGCGAGAGGGGCUAGUGUCCCUGCUCAGCAAACAAGGAGACAAGUUCCAACGAAGACUUCACCAAGCUCAUACAAAGGAACAAAGUUUAGUGAUUCAGAGCCAGGACCAUCGUCACCUUUACAACGGUUCCCUACUAGAACUUCUUCUAUGGGAUCCAUUGAUUCACAAAAGACAUCCAAAACCAGCAGCAGAUUAACUGGAGGAAGUCACUCAGCCGGAAACAGGAUAUCCCGGUCAGCGACUUCACUGCCUGAGUCAAAGAAAGAGAAUGGAACAAAGGCAUCUAUGUCACGGAUUAGAAGGUUAUCAGAGCCUAAAAUGAUUAGUAGCCAUCCAAUUUCUUCGCUGAGAAGAGGCAUCGAACCAGUGUCAAAGUCAAAAUCAAAAAUAUCUGAUGGGUCUGAAAGCAAAAAAUUAUCUGCCAUUGUAAACUAUGAUAAAACCAAAGCUGCUACUCUUCCAGAACUGAAAAUUAGAACACCUAAGGGACCCAAUGCUACCCAGAGCAAAUCAACAACAAAAGGAGUGACACAGAAGGGUAAUUUGACUAAGUCUUCUACAACUUCUGAAGGUGCUGAAGUAAAGAGGAACAAUGAAAAGUUCUCACAUCAUAGUGAAGUAGACGAAAAUCCAGUGAUUGAAAAGACUGUUUUGGUGCUUGAAUGUGAGAAACCUUCUGUACCUGAUGUAUAUUCAGAGGAAGAAUCAUUGAGGGCAGAAAGCAAACAGACUAGUAAUCAUAAAACUAGGGAAAACAUCACGGUGGUGUCAGAUUAUGCGGCUAUUCGAGCACCAGUUUCCCCACUUAUGACUAACACGGUUCAUGAAAAACCCACCGAUGGCAAAAUCCCGCCGAUGGCUAAAAAUGAGGUUGCUACUGGUGAUGUGAACAAAGUGCUGCCACAGCUUUCAAGCCUUAAUAUUGCUGAAAAACAGUACCAAGCCCCCUAUGCACGGGUUUCUUCUUUUGAAGAUCGUACUGAGAAAUCUGAUAUUGGUAAAGCUGCUGUCCCUGUAAACCCUGAACCUGUAGCGACAAGCUCUGUGAAAGCACAUGUAUUGGAUGCUAGAAACCCAAAAUUGGAAAAGAUUCCGGAAACCCUGGAGAAGCCUCAGAUAAAGGAAUCGUCCAAGGGAUUUAGACGACUGUUAAAGUUUGGAAGAAAGAGUAACAGCUCUUCUGCGGGUGAACGUGCUUCUGAGUCAGAUAAUAUUAGCAUAAAUGGUUUUGAGGUAGAUGAUACUGCAACAAAUACUUCUGUUUCCAGCGAAGUUCAUACAUUGAAGAAUCUAAUAUCUCAAGAUGAAACUCCCACUGCUGGCACUACUCCACAAAAGCCUUCUCGACACUUCUCCUUGCUAUCACCGUUCCGAAGCAAAAGUAGCGAAAAGAAGAUGGCAACAUGAUGGCAUGGAGCUUCGAAGUGCUGAAUGUGAGGCGGCGGAGCUGUUCUUCAUUUUCCAGCAUUGUAGGUGUAGUCAUAGAGUUGUUAUAUUAUAAAGAUUGAUCAGUUCUUUUGCAAUGUAUUAUUGUUUCAUUAACAAAAGAAACAUAUAUUUAUAUUUAAUCUUAUUUUUGUACAGUACACAGCAUUGUGUUCACUUUCAUUUUUAUUAGAUGGGCUGCAGAGUAAAACCUGAUAUACCAUUCACAAAGCAAAUGUUUAAUAUGUUCAGAAGACAUUAGAUGAUUGAUGUAAUAAAGUAAAUUAUGCUGAGUAGUGAAAA